CGGGGGCACACGAGCGUCGAAACAACGUGCGUUUUUAUGCCCUUCCUUGUCUUACAAUUGAAAAGACAUAGGAACGCCGAUCUUGUCUGUCUUCGUUGUUUUCAAUUGCUAGACAAAGAAGAACAUAGAAACGCACGUCGAUUCGACGCUCGAGUGCCCCCGGCCUAAAGGUGCUUGUGAACUUGGAAAGUAUACUUUAGUUUUGAUGUGAAAAUGAUGGAAGAAUUUUGUUGUGAUAUUGUACAUGCCCUUCAAAAUAGAGACUUCGAUGUGUUACAAAAGUAUUAUUACAACAUUCGUGAAAAAAUUGACGCCAAAGUUGAAGAGGCAAUUGCUUAUGAAAUUGAAUGUAGAGAGAAAAGGACAUUGAGGGUUAAUAAAAUAUUAGAAUUGCAACAAGAGUUUGAGAACCUGAAAUCUGAAAUAGAUAUGACAAAGUUACAACAGAAAGUAGUGGAUAAAAAAAUUCUGAAUGCAAUUAAGCAACAAGAAAAAUUACAGGAAGAAAUUGACGAACAAAAGUCAAAAAGAGAUAGAUUGGUUAUUGAAAUGAUUGACUUACAACAAGAGGCUGCAAAAAGGAAGGAGAAUAAGAUAUCUACUUGGGACGCUAUUAAACGUGCCAGUUAUAUUUAUAAACAAUAUUUGGACUUUCAUAUACAAUUAUUGGAUAGAAAAGAAUGUGUCCGUAUAAAAGUUUCAUUUUUUGUAACUAACGCUAAUACUGAAAACAAAUAUUUUGUGCACUUAUGUAAUUUUGAUGGUCAGUGGAAAGUGGAACAAAUUCAACCGGCGCUUAACUCAGAGAAUUUAAACGAUUUCAAAGGCAUCGUUGAUCUUGUGAAAAAUUCAGAAAUUUCAGAUGUUACUGCAUUUCUGUGUAAAUUGAGGCAUAUUUUUUCUAAAUAUUAUUUGAAUAUGAAAUAACAGUAAGGAAUACUUUAAAUAUUAAUUGCAACAUUAUUAUUAUAAGCGAUCAGCAGUAGGGGAAAUAUAUAAUUUUACAGUUAGGAUCAUUCGUUAUAAUAUUAAAGCCUUUAUUAAUAAAAACUAAUAUAUC